CCUGCACCAUCUAUCGCCUGUCGGGUCGCCGCAAAAUCCACUCUUGUCAUCACAUCUCCAUGCCUAUAUAAACCGGCCUCCCCUACACCCAGUCAUAUGCAAGCUAGCAACCAAGCACAAGUACCCGAAGAAUCAUACAGCAGAUCUCCUAUCCUACAUUUUCAAACUGUCCAAGUUUUUCUUUUUUUUUUCCCCACAACAAGACCCACCUGAUCGAUGGACCGGGUAACGAGGCUGGCAUCGCAGCGUGCUGUGGUGAUCUUCACCACGAGCUCCUGCUGCAUGUGUCACACAGUGACGCAGCUCUUCCGUGAGCUCGGGGUGAACGCAACGGUGGUGGAGUUGGACGGGGACCCUCGGGGAACGGAGAUGGACAAGGCACUGGCGAGGCUGCUGGGCCGCAGCACCGGUGUGCCAGCAGUGUUCAUCGGCGGCAGGCUCGUCGGGUCCACGGACAAGGUCAUGUCGCUCCACCUCAGCGGCAACCUCGUCCCGCUGCUGCGCAAUGCGGGGGCACUCUGGGUGUAGCGUGAUAGGGCCUUGUGCUCUAUAUAAGUUAGUUUUACUGACAGCACCAUGUCGAUCCAAUGCAAAUUAUGGGCUUCAGUAUUUUGUAAGAGUACCUGAUAAAUUGACGAGUGAGUGUUUUCCUCCCUGAAAUGCACUGGCCAUGGACAACUGGACAUACAUUUUACCGAUGUAAGAGCUUCAUUAUUGCACGUUGAAUCUGGCCUUCGUUCA